GCGCGUUUCCCUCGGACAGAACAGAGGGAUUGGCGCGCGAGGGUUUGAAGUUUUGGCGCAGAAAAAAUGGCGGAAGAGUACGAAGAGGGUGAAGUUGAGGUGGAGGAAGAGUUCUCCGUUUGGAAGAAGAACACUCCUCUGUUGUACGAUCUCUUCAUUUCUCACCCUCUUCAAUGGCCUUCUCUCACCGUACAAUGGGUUCCUUCCUCUACCCAACCCCACUCUCACCCUUCCUUCAAUCUCCACAAACUCCUCCUCGCCACUCACACUGCCCAAGGCGAACCCAACUUCCUCAUGCUCGUCCACGCUUCACUCCCCGCGGACACGUCCAAACCCAUCGUAUUCGACGACCCUGACAACCCCGUUCUUCCCAAGGUGGAGAUUUCCCAAAGGGUUCCUGUUGACGGGGAGGUAAAUCGAGCACGUUGCAUGCCGCAGAACCCUAGCACUGUUGCUGCUAAGACGUGUAAUUCUGAGGUUUAUGUGUUUGAUUUUACGAAGCAAUAUGGGAGCGAGUGUGACCCUGAUUUGAGGUUGAGGGGCCACGAUAAAGAGGGUUAUGGUUUGUCUUGGAGCCCUUUUAAGAACGGGUAUCUUUUAAGUGGAUCGCAUGAUCAUAAGGUUUGCUUGUGGGACGUGCAUGCUGCAUCUAAAGAGAAUGUGCUUGACGCGCUUCAUGUUUAUGAGGGUCAUGAGAGUGUGGUUGAAGAUGUGUCCUGGAAUUUGAAGGAUGAAAAUAUGUUUGGGUCUGUUGGAGAUGACUGUAAACUGGUCAUUUGGGAUCUGCGGACAUGCAAACCCCAGCACUCGGUUAAAUCACAUGAAAAAGAGGUAAACUUUAUUUCGUUCAAUCCAUAUAAUGAAUGGAUUUUGGCUACAGCAUCUUCAGAUACAAUCGUUGGUCUCUUUGAUACACGGAAGCUGGCAGAGCCACUACAUGUUUUAAGUAGUCAUACAGAUGAAGUAUUCCAGGUAGAGUGGGAUCCUAAUCAUGAAACUGUGUUGGCAUCUUCUGGGGCUGACAGACGGCUGAUGGUUUGGGAUCUUAACAGGAUUGGUGAUGAGCAGAUAGAGGGAGAUGGUGACGGUGGGCCUCCCGAACUACUCUUCUCUCACGGGGGUCACAAAGGAAAAAUAUCAGAUUUUUCAUGGAACAAAAACCUGCCAUGGGUUAUCACAAGUGUAGCUGAGGACAAUUCUUUCCAUAUAUGGCAAAUGGCAGAGAGCAUUUACAAUGAUGGAGAUGACGAUGACAUAUGGACAGCCAAUGAUUAACUAACCAGACACAGCCUCAAAGGCGACCAUUGCUCUCUUGUUUUAAUGGAAUCUUUCACCACUUCGUUUUUAUUACCAUCGCCUUUUGGUUUCAUGUUAUUGUAUUGCUGGAACAGUAAUGGCAGCGUAGUAUCCUUUGUCAUUCAUGAAUUCUCUUUUAUAUGCAUAUCUAUCUCUGAAGAGUGUAAAAAAAUGCGAGUAAAUUGCAAUAUAAGAUGUAAUAGUAAUAAUCAUUAAUUAAAA